AUGAACAUUCAUCGAUUCAAUCGUUUUGCAAUCUUCGGCUUUAUUUUACUUGCCAGCCAUAUUCUCAGUUUACCUAUGCAGUCAUUGGUUGGGGCAAGUGCCCACAUUAGCGGAGGCUUGGAGGGUGGAAAAGCAGCUCAUUCAAUGCUCGAAGUCGCAAGUAACGCACAUAUGACCCCUGCAAAGGACGUUGAACUUGUCACGACUCACGGUUCAUCUGAUAAUAUACUGGCAGAACUCCGGAAUCCUGAUUCAGCAAAGACACUCGAACACCCGCACCCGCCGCUAACUAAACCAACCGAUCCGCCAGAAACUAAACCUCCUAUUCCGGAAACCAAUACUGCGGAAACCAAUACUGUAGAAAACAAACUCGCCGAUCCGCCAAAAACCAAGCCCACCGAUGCUAAGACCCCCAAAGGUUCGGAGACAAGUCGAUUGACACAGUUGAGGAAAAUUUCUGGCGACGGGUUUGCUUACUUUAGAAGCCUAGCGCGGAAGGGUGCGAAGGCUAGCUGGAAAUGGUUGAUUAACAGGAGAGCAAGCAUGGCGGUUAAACACCUUUACGAGAACGAUCGGGCAUCACUUUCGCUGGAAACGCAGAAAAAAAUAGCAGACGCAAUCGCCAAUCGUAUUUGGAACAGAUUUGGUCGGUGGGCUCUGGAAAAACUGUCCAUCAAGAGCUCAAAGGUUUCCCCCGGCACCUCAGAAGCAGCCGGUCAUUCUGAGGAGGCUUCCAUGGCUGCAAAGAGCUCCGGUGCCUUGGAGGAUAAAAACGCUCUCGCUACCGGUACUACUACUUCAAAGGGGGAAGGAGGUAUUGUGAAACCCGCGGAAUUAGCUGGAGUGAAGAAGAAAACCUUUUUGGAUUAUAUGAGAGCUCCCUCAAAAGCGUACAACAAGAUCAGGAACGAUCAAGCUAGAAGGAUCGUGUACGGAAGAAUGCCAGAAAAGCUGGCUAAGCAUGUCCUGGAAGAACUGGAAAAGGAGAAGUCCAUCGGGAGCGGAAGCAAAGUAAAGAAAUUUUUCAAGAGUCAAUUAAAACACUCCAGCAAAAUCAAGCCAAUUGAUGAUAAAAUCAAUCCUGAGAGUGCCCAAGUUGUUUCUGUUACAACUUAG